AUGGAGACGAGUAUUGUAGCAGUGGAAGAAAAUCGUCUGCAAAGCGAGUCUAAUACUCCUGUGACCAAGUCCUCGGGAUCAGUGGUUAAAAAUAUCGAUUCAAUAUCUGUACACCUGAAUGUUGCGAUGGAGAAGAAUGAGGCAGAACAGUGUCAGCCCUUUUCAAUUCGUGGAUAUGUUGCUGAAAUGCGCAUAAAAGACUGGAGGAUUUGUUCACCAUUUGCAUUAGAUGGUACCCUUAAUGUGUCAGAGGAGCAGUUAAGCGUGCUUCCUCCUUUACAUGUCCCCAAAUUCAGAUGGUGGCGCUGCCAAAACUGCCUGCAGGAGAUUGGUUCUGCAAGUGCUGCAGAGGAAAUUGGACUUUUUUCUAGAAGUGGGACUUGCUCGCACAUUCCAUCCCAUGUUGAUACUGCAAUGGUGCCUUCAGAUUUGCAGCUAGCUUCACAGUUGGGAAGAAUUGAGGGGAGGAAAGCUGAUGCUAAUCGUGCAGCUAAUUUAAAUGGAGAUGAAACCUAUUUAUCAUCAUGCAGUUAUAAAAAACAAAAGACUGCUGAAGUAGGACACAUGGCUAAUGCUGGUAUUCACUUUGCUAAUCUCGGCCACGAGAACUGUGCUGAAGAUGUUGCUAAUCAGGACACUGGCAGUGCAGCAUGUGAUGUAACAAAGUUUAAUUUAUGUCCAAGCCAAGAUAGACUCACAGAUAUCACAGGUUGCGAAGCAGUUGUUCUCAAAUUGAAUAACAUUGGACUAGUUGACAGAAGUCAGGAUGAUGCAGAUGUUGUUCCUGCCUCUGAAUAUCCCGCACACACAGGUAACAAUUUUGCUGAAAUUUCUCUAGCAAAGAAAGCGAAUUCCGGAGAUGAUGAACGGAGAACUGAAUGGAAAGCUUUCGAGAUAUCCAAGCAAGUUAGCAUCAAUGGUAAUACAAUCAGAGGACCUUCCCUUGAAUUGGAAAGGCAUGAUGUUGCAUUGUCCGAAGGUGAUGAGCUUUUGGCUGGAAUUAACCAUCAUGAUCAGCAGCCUGAUGAUACAAGUGGUUUACCACAUCAAAAAAUGCGUCUGCUGAGUGAUUUGAUGAGUGAGAAAGAAAAUGCUGAAAAUGAUCACACAACUACAGAAGGUGCUUCUUCCAGAACAUUGGUCACUGCAUCUGUGGGGUUAGCUUCAGUUUCUGCUCCAAUGGAUCUGGUGGUUCUGCAAGAAAAUGUCUCAAGAGUUUUUAAGGGUCCUCAAAGGAAAAGAAGGGCAGCUCAAGAUGGAGAUCAGAAGCCCCUGGAUGUUAGUUGUCCAGAUAAUCUGGCCAAAAAAGUCAGGGCCUUCUGUGGAGAUCCAGACACCCCUAUAGCGACAAUUGAGAUUUCCGAUUCAGAAUUAGAAGAGGAUGCAUCUGCAGGAGUGGGUUUACAAAGUGGUAUUAGGACUCAGUGGAGCAAACAUGGAAUUGCUAGGAGUCCUACGCUGGUCAAAAAGAAUAAUGAGCAGACUUAUUCUUCCCCAGUGUCUGGGGAAGAAGUUAUGCCCGACAUUAAUCAGAUCAAAAUGGGAGAUGCAAAUAAAUCUGGUGCUGCUGCUGGUAGCAGUUUCCCCAAAAAACACGAUGAAUUCUUGGGCAGAGGAACACAAUUCUGUUUUGAAAGGCAUCUGUCUCCGCGGAAUACAGAAAGAAAAUCUAGUUUGUCUAAAACAAAAAAUAAAAUGCCUCAAAUUGGAGAUGGGCAGUUUUCAUUAAUGCCUCAGAGUAAUAGCAUGUUUGGAGGAGGGUCAAUCAAUAGAAAAGAUAUAGGGUUUAUGCAGGCUGGACCUAACAUUGGAAAAGCUCAGUUAGCACAUAAGGUAUCUGCCAACUUAGGGCUGGAUCUUACUCUUAACAGCUAUAUGUCUGCACAAAGAAAUCAGCAAAUUUUGGCUCAGGAAAAGGGCACGCCCAGUAAAGAUCCAGAAAGGAAAGAUGGUAUUUACGUUGGAGAAUCAAGCAUUCUGCAUAAAUCUGCCCCAACCCCAUCCUUGAGAGAAGAAUUAAUCUGUGAUCUUAAUGAGAGAGCUGCCCAGAGAACAGCUAUGCUGUGCGAGAAACAAAAUGGUUCCCCUCUGCUCGAAGAUGGUUUUUCUUUGCAUCGAAAUUUGGUAGAUUUCUCUGGCCACCGGGACAAUCAGAAAACCCUUGAAGUUCACGGACACUCUGAAGUUCCUAGGAAACAUAGUGACCAGGGAGCUGAUAAAGUAUUGGAACAAGGAACUUCAGAUGACAUCCCUAUGGAAAUUGUUGAGCUUAUGGCAAGGAAUCAGUAUGAGAGGGGUCUUUGUCAAACUGAAACAAAUCACGGCCUAUCUGAGAGACCCCAUAACAUGAGGAAUGCUGAGAUGAUGGGGUUUGCAGAUAUACAUGGAAAGAGGGUAGAAAGAUCGUCACCGAAGGAUUUUCCCUGGGUGACAAGAUUUCCGUCUGGCAAUGGGAGCAAUGACAUAAUUCCUAUGGCUGAGAAUUAUGGAGCCACCAAAAGAAAUCUUGUUAACUUCUCUCAUGGUAACGCAAGCCAUCUCAACAUGGGCCAACUGGAGAGAAAUUCAGCUUUCACGAUGAUCAAUUCAUUUCCACAGAUUGGACAGAAACUAUCCAGGGGUGUCCAACUAUCUGCACGUGAAUGGUAUGGUGAUAAGAUGGCACACAGGACCUCGCCCGCCAUUAAGCAGAUCUUGGAGACAAAUAAGACAAGCCAUAUUGGGUCACGACAUAAUAACAAAGCUGAACAUAUAUGGUCCCCCAUGGCCCCAAAUCAAAUGCCUUUCGGAUUCAAUGCUUCUCAGAAAAAUGCAACUCCGUCAAGCAACAUGGAAACGCAUGCACAAUCCCCAUUUCAACUGAAACAAGGGAAGGUGAUCAGGGAUCUUGAUUUGAACUCUGUGGAUCCAGAUGCCUCUAACCUGGAAAAGGAGAAUGAGAAUUAUGAUUUUGAAUCCUUAAAACAGGCGUCUGCUGAGUAUUCAUUUUUCCCCAAACAAAGGAGAGAGGAACGUAACCCAAAUGCAACGUUAUCACUAGAACCCUAUUCUAAUGACACCAUAACAGCGAUGCAAUUGCUCAGCCUCAUGGAUGGUACACCUUUCAAGAUGGAUCCAAAGAAGUUCUUUGAGAAACCUCUCGCUCCCUGUGAUUAUCACCCAAAAUUCUUAAUGAAUGGAAAGCAGAAUUUCCUUGAGAAAUCUAGCUUUCCAUAUCAUCCUUCUAGGGAGUUCACCGGGCUAGGGCCUGGGGCAUUUGACGCAAGAGCGAGCUCAGGGCACCCGUCAUCUGUCCUAGACGGUAAAAUUUCAACUAGAUCUCAAGAGCAAGAAAACAGAUCAUCUUCUCCCAAAGAAAAAACAAGCCAUAAAGCACCACAAUCUGUCUCUGCAAGUGGUGUUCUGCAAGCAAUUCGUGAUUAUAUUUCUGUGCAGGAUAAGCAGAAAGGAAUCAUAGGUGAUUCAAAUUGUACAGUGCUUCCCUUGAAAUGUCAUGCACUCCAAAGUUCAACCAAAUGCUGUGAGUUAGGGGCCUGUAGUUUGCCUGGAAGCUUUUGGCCUAUGAAAAACAUUUCCAAAUACGACAUCUGCAGUUUUAACAGAAACCCGGCAGAUUUUAGCAUACCAGAAGCAGGAAAUGUGUACAUGAUUUGCGGUGAAGAUCUCAAGUUUGAAAAGAAGAAACAUUCCAGAGAUAGGUCUAGCUCAGUCAAUGUGGAUGGACGAAAGCGACAGAGAUUUACCAAACUCAAAGCUGAGAAAGAGCAUGCACAUAGAGUUCCCAAACGCCGAUACCCAUAGUGCUUCAGAACCUCUAUGAUCCUCUAAUUUUUAUGAUUGCAUGACCUUGUUUCCCUGAAAGCACAUCAUGGAAGACUUUUUGUUGAAUUCCCAGCCGGAGUUUUGUUUGUUUUAUUUUUAGCAGGUAAAGUUUUCUGGAUCUCAGUACUCAUACCACAAAAAGAAUCUUAUAAACUGUAUGGAUGUUCAGGUUAGAAAGGUGGUUAGAUUCUGUGUACAAAAUCAAAAAUUCAAGAACCAUGGCUGCUUGAAUAUGGGUCCUGAGUGAGCUCUUCAUUGUGCAGAUUGAGCUAUGAUCGUGUGGGUGAUCAGUAUAGUGUCAUAGUCUGUA